AUGGCUUCGACUCCGCGCCGCCAGACCAAGGCCCGCGGCGGCGGCGGCGGCGGCGGCGGCGGGCUGUUUGACGAGCAGUCCUCCUCGCAGCGGACCUCGUCUUCCAAUGGCCUCUUCGACGACCACGACGGCGGCGGCGGCGGCGGUGACGACUCCUCGCCUUGGGACAUGCCCACGCCGCGCCGGCAGCGCAGCCGCGCUGACGUGAUCCGCAACCUGCUCCCGCCGUCCGACGUGCCCGACACCUACAUCGAAACGUUCGACGCCGUGCUGCGCGACGACGACGGCGGCAGCGGCGGGCGCGUCACGUCGGGCGGCGUCGCCAAGCUGUUCGCCAACGCGAGGCUCGGGCCCGAGGCCCAGGCGCGCAUCAUGUCCCUGGUGGCGCCCGGCGACGGCUCCGACGUGUCGCUCGGGCGCAACGAGUUCAACGUGGUGCUGGCGCUGGUCGGCCUGGCGCAGGAGGGCGACAUCAUCAGCCUCGACGGCGUGGACGAGAGACGCGCAAACCUGCCGCAGCCCAAGCUCCCCGGCCUCACCGCCGAGCCCGUGCUGCCGCCCGUCGCCGAGCUCGCCGCGAAGCCGCCGCAGACGCCCACGGAGCCCCUGCCGCAGCCCUCACCACCGCACAACCAGCCCUCGUCGCACUCGCACGCAGGAACUUCAUCAGCGACUGCGGCGGUGGCGGUGGCGGCAUCAGCGACCCCUUCUUCGAUGACGCAGACCAAGGCGUUCCGCCCGGCCAUGGACGACCCGGAGGACGACCCGUGGAACUCGCCCGAGGUGCACAAGGGCCACGACCACGCAAAGACCAACGGGAGCGGGGUCCACGGCGCAGUCAACGGCCACAGCAAUGGCUUUGGUGAGACCCCGACGCCGACCAUGGGCAGGGGCUCCGUGAACCACUACACCACGACACCCGGCACGUCGGCUUCCUCCAACGCGGGCCGCCCGCCCAGCAGCUCCGUCUCCGGUCACGGCGGCUGGGGCUACUUUGGAGGCACCACGCCGUCGGGGACAGGUGGCUUCCACGACACAGUCCCGAAUGUCGCAGCCAGCCCGUUUGGCGGUGACGGCGCCCCCGACCGAGCUCCCGGCGGCAACGAACCCCCCACGACGACGAUUAGAAACAGCGCCGGCCGGACGGGAAGCAAUGUCGAGGAGACGGUCGUCGUGACGUUGAUGCCCGGCAAGGAGGGCGUGUUCAUGUUCCAGCAUCACAACUACGAGGUCGCGAGCCAGCGCCGGGGGAGCAAGGUCAUCCGUCGGUACAGCGACUUUGUCUGGCUGCUGGACUGCCUGCACAAGCGGUAUCCCUUCCGCGUGCUGCCUUUGCUGCCGCCGAAGCGAGUCGCCGUCAACGGGAACCACCUGUCCAACGACGGCGCGUUCAUCGAGAAGCGAAGGCGGGGCCUGGCUAGAUUCCUGAACGCGCUCGUCAGGCAUCCCGUCUUGAGCCAGGAGCAGCUGGUUGUCAUGUUCCUGACGGUUCCCACUGAACUAGCUGUGUGGCGGAAACAGGCCACAAUCUCCGUCCAGGACGAGUUCAGCGACCGCGCGCUGCCCCCCGGACUGGAAGACUCGCUCCCGCCGACGUUGGAGGAGCUUUUCACUCGCACCCAGUCGGGAGUCCGCCGUUCUGCAGAGCUUUACAUCAACGUCUGCAACAUCAUGGACCGACUCGUGAAGCGAACCGAGGGCGUGGCCGCGGACCACGCCCGCAUCGCCAUGUCCCUCACGUCCCUGACGGAGACGUCGGCAGACACAUACGCCAGCGACACCAACGAGGUGCCGCUCCUCAACGACGGGCUCGUAGCCAUGAGCAAGCACCUGCGGACGUGCCAGACGCUGCUCGAGGACGAGAGCCGGGGGUGGGACGAGGGUGUGCUCGAGGACCUCAAGCGGCAGCGCGACGCGCUCGUCAGCGUGCGGGAGCUGUUUGAGCGGCGGGAGCGCCUCGACAAGGACAACAUCCCGUACCUGGAGCGCAGGAUCCAGACCAACGAGACGAAGCUGGCGAACCUGCGGUCCAAGCCCGAGGGCAUGGUGAAGCCGGGGGAGAUUGAAAAGGUGGCCGAGGCCAUCAUCAAGGAUAAAGAGUCGAUUGUGCAGCAGCACAACCGCUCCGUCUUCGUCAAGGAGUGCGUCCGGGACGAGCUCCUGACGUUCCAGAGCACGCAGUACCACAUCAGCCGCUGGAACCAGGACUGGGCCGGCGAGCGGGUCAAGUACGCCGAGAUGCUGGCCGACAACUGGCGGCGCCUGCUGGACGAGCUCGAGGGCAUGCCGCUGGGAGAGUAG